UGUCUCUCUCUCUCUCUCUCUCUCUCUCUCUCUCACUCUCACUCUGAGAAAUUUCCGCUUCCUGCACCCACAAACCCUCCGCACUGUCUCGCGUAAACACUCCCAGCCUGGGCGAACACACACACACACACACACACACACACACACACAACACACGCGCGCGCGCGCCCGUUUUAACUCUAUUAUCCCGCGGAUUGCGGGAGGCUCUUUACGACCUGUGGGACAUAUAUUUGGAUCAGAAACCCGGUCCAGGUGUCCAGCGGCUCGGCUGUACAGCAGCAUGUCGGAGCGCGGAGGAGGGCUGCCGAGGAGCGGAGGCGCGCCGUGUCCGUCUCCGCAGCCCUCCAAGCCGGUGGCGAUCACCUCCAACCGCCCGGUGCACAUGAACCUGUACGCCACCUGGGAGGUGGACCGCUCGUCUCCGAGCUGCGUGCCCAGACUCUUUAAUUUGACACUGAAGAAGCUGGUGAUGCUGAAGGAGCUGGAUAAAGAUUUGACGUCUGUGGUCAUCGCUGUUAAACUCCAGGGCUCGAAACGAAUCCUCCGCUCCAACGAGAUCUUAUUGUCUUCAGCAGGACUAACAGAAACAGACCUACAGCUCACGUUCUCUCUGCAGUAUCCUCACUUCCUGAAGCGUGAUGCCAACAAACUCCAGAUCAUGCUGCAGAGGAGGAAGCGCUACAAGAACCGCACCAUCCUGGGCUACAAGACGCUGGCGCUGGGCCUCAUCAACAUGGCCGAGGUGAUGCAGCACCCUACAGAAGGAGCUCAGGUUCUGGGUUUACACAGUCAGCUGAAGGACGCGUCAGUUCCUGUGGCUGAGGUGCGAGUUUACUCUCUCUCCAGCCAACCGAUCGACCAUGAAGGACCUAAAGCCAAGAUGAACGAUCGUUCACCAGACAUCGACAACUACUCGGAGGAGGAGGAAGAGAGUUAUUCAUCAGAGCAGGAGGGCAGCGAUGACCCGGUUCAUGGACAGUAUCUGUAUGAUGAUGAUGACGAGGUAAGAAAGAAGAAACCUCGACGUAAACUGGCAUCUGGGGCUGCCAUCACUAGACAACCCAACAUCAAGCAGAAGUUUGUGGCCCUGCUGAAGAGGUUUAAAGUUUCAGACGAGGUUGGUUUCGGGUUGGAGCACGUCUCACGAGAGCAGAUCCAGGAGGUGGAGGAGGACCUGGAUGAGCUGUACGACAGCCUGGAGAUGUACAACCCGAGUGACAGCGGUCCAGAGAUGGAGGAGACUGACAGCAUCCUGAGCACACCCAAACCUAAACUCAGGCCGUUCUUCGAGGGAAUGUCGCAGUCCAGCUCUCAGACGGAAAUUGGCAGCCUGAACAGCAAAGGAAGUCUGACCAGAGACCCCUUCAGCCCGGGGGAGCAGCCUCCAUCUGACAAGAUGAAACACUCACGCAGCCGCAACUUGGACGAGACCACGACCGAGCCGGACGUUACUAAGGCAAAUGAUCAGGAGCUGUUCUCAGAGGUGGCACCGUCCAUUACUGUGUCUGUGGCUGAAAAACCACGUACACCACUGAAGACCAGCAAGACCGAGGGACAAACCAUGCCUUCUCCUAGGUUGGACGGGACACACACACCCCGGCAGAAACGCAGCACUCCGAUGAAAGAGAGGCAGCUCUCUAAACCACUGAGUGAACGAACCAACAGCUCAGACAGCGAGAGGUCACCUGAGCUAGGACACAGUACACAGGUUCUCAGAAAAGCGGUGUAUGAUCAGUUGAAUCAGAUAUUGUUGUCUGAUGCGGCGUUACCUGAGAGCCUCAUCCUUGUUAAUGGCACCGAUUGGCAAGGCCAGUACGUAGUAGAGCAGUUACAGGUUCAGAAGCAGCCAGUUGUGUGUACGUGUUCAUCAGCAGAGAUUCAGGCCGUUCUCUCUGCCUUGCUGACGCGCAUCCAGAAGUUCUGUAACUGUAACUCGUCCAUGCCGCGGCCAGUGAAGGUGGCAGUAGUCGGAGCUCAGAGUUAUCUGGGUGCCAUCCUGCAGUUCUUCGUCAGUCAGUUGGCUAAUAAGACGUCUGAUUGGCUGAACCACAUGCGCUUCCUGGUGGUACCUCUGGGUUCCCACCCUGUUGCUAAGCACCUGGGUGCCCUUGACAACCGCUACAGUUCAGUUUUCCUGGAUGGAGCAUGGAGAGAGUUGUUCAGUCGCCCAGAGCCUCCACAGUCAGACGUGUUGGACGUAGCAGGUUGUAUCGCUCAGUACAUCGGCGGAGCAUCUCUGACCCACCAGCUCCCCAUCGCUGAGGCAAUGCUGACCUGCAAACACAGGACGCGCGAGGAAGAUUCUUAUCAGAAGUUUAUCCCUUUUAUUGGCGUUGUGAAAGUGGGGCUGAUUGAGCCAGGACAGGCAUCUACAGGUGAUGGUGAAGAGGGCGUGUCUGUGAAUCUGGCCGUCCCCUCUACGUCUCCGCCCACUCACGGCUCUCCAGCCAGUCUUAAAGAGACUGCCACGCCCCCUUCCUCACCUUCUAUUGGUGCUGUUUUAGCUGUACAGGGGAGCCCAAGCAUGUCUCACGGCGUGGACGCUAUCGGUCUGCAGGUGGAUUACUGGCUGGCGUCUCUGGCUGAGAAGAGGCGUGAGGGCGAGAGGAGGGACACGGCCUGUAAGAACACGCUGAAGAGCGCCUUCAGGUCCCUGCAGGUCAGCCGUCUGCCUGGAGCCAGCAUCAGCGAACCCCUCGCCCCCGUCAACACCAUGUCCAUGACCGUGGUCACCAAAGAGAAGAACAAGAAAGUGUCAACCAUUUUCCUGGGGAAGAAGCCUAAAGAGAAGGAGGUGGACUCUAAGAGUCAGGUGAUUGAAGGCAUCAGUCGCCUCAUCUGCUCAGCCAAGCAGCAGCAGACCAUCCUGAAAGUGUCCAUUGACGGUGUUGAAUGGAACGACGUGAAGUUCUUCCAGCUGGCGGCUCAGUGGCCGACGCACGUGAAGUACCUCCCAGUCGGACUGUUUGGUUACAGCAAACCGCCCUCCUAGGAACCGCCCACUCAUCCUCUAAGCUCCGCCCCUUCACCCAACUGCAGCAGUCACCUCAUUGCACACAGCUGUAGCAGGGCUGUAGGAGGGAACCUGCCUAAAUGUUCAUAUCCUUUCAGAAAGGAGGUGUGUGGGCUCGCGUGUGGGACGGACGUGUGGGACGGACGUGUGGGACGGACGUGUGGGAGUGGCUCAGAAGGACUUUAUACAGCGCUAGUCACUUUUAUUUUUCAGAAAGGUUCUCAAGCACCAGUAGUGUGGGACGAGCACAAACAGGCAGACACCUUCAGUCUACCAAGUAAUCAUAUCCUUGUUACAGAGCAUGAUGAAACCAGAGACAUCAAAAAUAACGACCCCCCUCACACGACCUUUGACCUAAUGAUCGGCCCCCGUGAUCAGAGAUUUUACCGAACCAGCAAACGGCGUAAACCUCUGAUCUGCAUGUUUUAAACUCCAACCCCCACAAUCCGUUAGCAAAAUUAGUGUUAUUAUACAACUUGUGUACUUGUGCAUGUGUCGAGCUGCGCAAGCCGCGCAGCUGCAGUUAGCCACUCGAAGCUCCGCCUUUUUUUCUCCACAUCAGUUCAGUAGAGGUUUAGGAUUAGCAGUGAAGUGGUUGAUGUGUUCAUGGACUCUGUGAGUUUUCACUUACUUUGUACAUACAGUAGGCUUUUGUGUCUUCGCUUUCAGUUAUUAUGCUAAUUACAAAAAGUGGCCUUUUUAAAACAUGUAGCUCAACUGAGGGUUUUAUUAUUAUUAUUAUUAUUCUUUUUAUUUUUUUAUUUAUGAGCCAUUUGUCCAAAGACCACACUGGCCAAUCCGAAUGUAAACUGUCAUGUUCAGCUGACCGAAUGUAAAAGAGGUCACAGAAAGUCAUAAUGGUUGUUACGGCAACGACCAGCACUUCAUAUAUUUCGGCAAACGCUACAUUCUGAGGGGGAAACGGUGCUCACGUCACAUCACAGCAUGUCACAUCACGUCACAUCACAUCACAUCAGAUUUAAAGUUGAUGUCCAGCUCGUCUGAAACCGUCCGCCAGCCAGAGUCGCUCUCACGAGCAUCGGCUGCAGAACAUGCCACUUUUUUAGCCGGGCUGGAUCCCCGAUGGUUGUUGAAAGCUAUGCACUUUCAUUACCGCUCUCGAGUAUCACACAUAUUUACUCGUGAUGCACAAAGUUAGAGGUUCUCAGACCCCUUUAAUCAUUGCCAGUGAGCAUGCUGUCUCUGUCAGUGUAAAUGAUUUAUUAAAAAGGAUAUCUUCUCUCCCUCACACACACACACACACACACACCACUGUGAUUCUUUAUCAUGAACGUUCACAAUUUGUGGAGAAUUUACGGCGCAUUACGCAGGGCUAGAAUUGAACGAGUGAUCGCACGACUUCUCGAUGAAAUGCUUCCUGUCGCUUUUAAUUAAUUCUCUUCCACAAAUCCCGAAGCCUGAUCUACAAUCUUUCAGGCAAAAUAUCUGACCAUGAGAGUGGAGAGCUGAUUCAAUACUGAGUCAAUACUCUACAUGUUCAUUCAUUUGCGAGUACAAUUGCCAUCGUUUCAAUGGCGAUUGUUUGCCUUUCAAGCUGGGGAAAAAAAAGACGACAUCUAAAAUCACUACGAGGAGAAGUUGAAUGUUUAUAGAGUGCACACAUGCUAGCUCUAAUUAGUGUGUGUGGGCAGAGCUUUGUGUAAGUAGGUAGGAAUGAGGGCAGACUCAAUAAGAAAAAAAAUUAAAAUCCCGUUCAGCUCCGUCUGUUUGAUCAUUAUAUAAAUACUUAUUAAUCUUAAAUAAAUACAGCUUGCUCUCAGCUUCAGGGUGCUGCAUAGAUGUGUGUCGUGAUGGUGCACUGGGAUCAACUACACUACAUAACCUUAAACGCUUUACUUUACUUAAACAACAUGCCAGGAAGGCAGGACAGGAUUAUGCAAAGCCUACAGAACGCGUAGAAGAUUUUACUUUGAGCAGGCAGUCAGUCGCACAGCUGACGGACAGAAAAAAAUUCUUAUGUUGUCCUUUUUUUCUGUGCCACAAGCAGUGCCAAACUCUGCCCACUUUUCUCCCCAAUUUAGUCUUGUCGAGUUUUCUCUCUCUAGCCAGCUUUUCCUCCAUCGAACAACAAAAUAAAUAGCAGAGUGUGACGGCUAACACACAUUUCCUCUGAGACACGUGAAGCAAUGCCAGCACAUCCCACCUUUUUAAACUGCUGCUCUUGCUGCAUCACAUGGCAGUGUAACACACACAGGAAAGAGCUAUCUAUUCUCUUCCUUCCAUCUUGGACCCAAGUUUUUCUCCCCAAGCCUAGGCUGUGCUGAUAGAGGACAUUUUCUUUAAUCGUAGGUUAUUAUAAAAACGUCUAGCGAGCUUAAGAAUUCAGUAUCAGCCCAAAUCACACCGUAUAACGCAGGCUUUCUGAGGAAGUGAACUUCCUGAACUUAUCUUCUUAAACACUGUCCUGAGUGAGAACUACACCGUUUCACAUCCUUCUUGAGCUCCUGCUUUGUUUUUCACUGCACUGGCUUAAACUAAAUCCAGACCUUCAAUGUGAUAAACCCCAGUUUUGCUCUUUUUUGGAGACGGAACUAUUAAAGGAUCCUGGAAGCACAGCCCAGGAAAUAAAAUCGACCUUGGUUUCUUUAGAUAAAUUCCCAAACGAAAUAAAAUGUUGUGUGAUAAGGAUAAGUUUCACAAUCAGUGAAAUCUCAAGUUAAAAUAUCUUGGAUCUACUCUACAUCAGAUAUAAUUUCUAUGUAAUAAUAAACCAAAUCUGAGGAAAUGAAACCUAAUUUAAUUGAACCUUGUUUAGCAAUAACAAGGUAAUUGUUUCGUUUCUUUGGCUGAUCGUUUUUUCUUGUUUCUACAAUUGAACGCUUUAAAAAAGAGGCAACAAUAAUCAGCCAAUAGAACACAGACAAUUUAUAGCUUAAGAAAAGUGCAAUGUGUCUAGAGAUAUGUUUAAUUAUCUCAGAUUCGGUUUAUCAGAAUAACAUGUCCAUCCAAUACGCUUGUUGGAAAAUAAUCGGCUUUUCACAAAACCGAUCGCUUGCAUUUUCCUUCUAAGGAACAAUGACUAUUCGUUUACUUUAAGCUCCACCGGUUCUCUGUCCUGCCAUGAUCAAGAAUCACACGGUGUAAUGACACGACUGCUUUCAGGGCAAAAACCUAACAGCCGUCAUUUUCAGUGUUACACAUGAAGAGCUAAGAAGCGCCUGCUGAGCUGCUACACGGUCGUCGUUACCUGAAGCUUCGUUUAAAAGCAUGAUGGUCUACUUUGUCUAGGACGUGUGUGAGGUGUGCGUGUUGGUGUUAGCGAUCAAAGUUUUAGUGUGUGAAAUGUUCUGAGUGGUGAGUCGUGUGUGUGCGGGUGUGUGUAAACUUUUAACCCGACUCCCACGUCACGACACACACUUCACACGACACUCAUGGAUGACGCUGGAGGAAUUUUGACUAGCAUUUAAAUGCAAAAAGUAAAAUUUCCAUACUAUGAAACUCUGCGUUUAUGCUAGGCUAAGAAGCAUAAAAGACGACGUGAAAAUGGUGUACAGUUGCUCGAUGGAGGACUUUUCUGUCACUUCAGUCUGAUUCCGAGUCAAAAUGUGUUGUAAAUGUAUUAUUAGAGAAGUGUGUUACAGUUCAUUCGGGUCAGUAAUUUCUAAAUGAAUGUUAAGCAAUAGUGUUUUCUAUCGUUUCUUUUUGUUUGGAAUAGUUCAUAAUUUACAAGUGCUUUAUAUUAAGGUUCCUGUAACUGACAUUAUUUAUAGAAUUACUUUAAACAGUAUUUUUAAACAGGGCUGAUUUAACUCAGUGGCUAUUGGGUUAGUGAUCAGAAGGUUGUGAGUUCAAGUCCCAGCUUCUUCUUCUUUUUUUUUUUAAUAGAUGAAAUGUAAGUCGCUCUGGAUAGAGAUGUCAGCCAAAUGUCAUAGAAAUAAAUGUAAAUCAUCUUAUGCAUCUUGUAGUUUUAUUUUUAGAUUUCGAGUCAUUUAAAUCAAGUCAUUCACAGGGGUCCACAGAAACUGAACCUAUUAAUAAACAGCUUUGAAAUCAGCUAUAAUAAAUCCUAAAAAAUGUUGGCAUAUUACUGUGGGAUAAGAGACGUAAAGCACAUUUGAGGUCGGCAGAUAUAAAAAAAAAAAAUCAGAUUUAGGUGGAAAAAUUAUGAGGAACAGUAAUUUAAAUGUAAUUGAAAUUAAAUUAAAUUAAUUGUAAAUUAAAAUGUAAUUGUGUCUCUUUUUUUUUAAUAUUUAAAUACAAAUAAUUCAAGAUUGGAAACUCCUGCUUUACAUGGACUGGAGAGCUGAGACACACUGGAGCUUCUCUUCUUAACAUAUACUUGAUUUUAAGCAGCUAAACUGUGAGGAGAACAAAAAAACCUCUGAUUGCACCUUUAAUGACAACUGAUGCAAGUAAAUAAAGUUAGUUAACAGAACCUUAAUACUGAGUCAUCAAUGAUUCAUUACACAACACUAGUCACCAUCUUCCAUUGAUAAUAUGGCAAGGAUCAUAUAG